AUGGAUCUUUCCAAGAAGUCAAUUCCGAAAAGCAUCUUGAUCUUCGGUGCUGCUGGCCACAUCGGCCAACCACUAGCUGCAUUUCUCACACGAGAAGCCCCUGGCAUUCAACUCUCUCUCGUCGCAAGGAGCCCCGAAAAGCAGAAAAUGCUACAAAACAAAUUCCCCAAGGCCCGGGUUCUCGCCGCUGACUACGAGGAUCCAUCUUCACUCGCCGCAGCUGUAAAUGGUGUUGAAGGCGUUUUUGUCAUAUCUUCCAGCGGCAUGUCGGAAACAAGUGCCAUGACGAACCUCACAAAUGCCCUCAAGCAAGAUGGCUCUGCUGUUCAUGUCAUCAGGCUUCUCGGGAUAUUCCCCGAGUUCAAUCCCCAACGCGUGCCCACGAAUUUGGGGCCAGGAACCCUGCCUAUUGAACAUCCGAUUGCGAAGCGUAUCUUGGAUAAAAGUGGACUUCCAGUUACGUAUAUCAACUCUGGGGCUUCCUUCAUCGAUAAUCUAUGGUUACAGAUCCAGCCCGUCCUGCUGCACAAGAAAUUCAUCUGGCCAGAGCAUCGUGUGCCAUUUCUCGACCCGCGCGACGUCGCCGAGGUCGCUGGGCAUUUGUUUCUCUCAGACAAUACCAAACAUAUAGGUGCAUUCCACACCAUGAACAAUGGGCAUGACUGGCUGAGCUUUGAAGAAGUGGCGGGUAUUCUCAGUGGAGAAUUGGGUGAGCCGAUUGCCUUUGACGGAAGCUACGAGGGCUUCAUGGAGUUCUGGGGCCCUAGGAUGGGAAAGAAGGCAGAGCGACUAUGGAAUUUCUUCAAGUUCGAACAGGCCAACGAGGAGCAAUGGGCUUUAAAUAAUUUUGUGGAGCGGAUCUUGGGGAGAAAACCUACUACAGUUAGGGGCUGGAUAGUGGAGCACAAGGAUGGUCUGUUGAACGCCUGA